AAGUGUCACGCACCAGAUCAGACGCAAAAACAGACACAACAGAGAGGUGUUUGAGGAGAGUUCAAGGAAGCAGCGUUCACUCUCGAGGAGAAGAUAUUCCGUAUUUCUACACGCAGUUGUUCUCACUGUUUACUUCACCGUGUCAUCGCCGUCCUCUUUAACCAUGGAGAGGCUCUCGGUGACCGCUUGGAGUUGUUUUUGUGCCGCUGUUCUGUGUGUUAGCUUUGUUAGCCAGGGGGCAUGCCAAACUACUCCAACACCAUCACCACCACCGACCCCCUGCUCUGCCUACACCAGCUGUGAUACUUGUGUCCCACAUGCCAAGUGCCUGUGGUGCUUCACCACCAACAACUGCACCGAGUACCCGGUGAGCUGGUUGCUCCCUCCAGCGUCUCUUUGCCAGCUGUCCCAGGCCCGAUGGGGAGUCUGCUGGAUGAACUUUGAAGCCCUGAUCAUCGCCAUGGCGGUCCUGGGUGGAACCAUCCUCAUCAGCAUCAUCGUGUGCUGCUGCUGCUGCUGUUGCUGCAAGAAACGGGACUCAGGGCCCGACAGAGAUGAGGAGAGAUUUGCCAGGAGGAGAGAAGAGAUCAAACAGCGCGCCGAGGAGAGGAAAGGAGAAAGAAGAGCCAGACAUGACGAGAUCCGCAGGAAGUAUGGUCUGGUCGGGGACUCGGACCACCCAUACAGCAAGUUUGAGAACGAGUAAAGCAGCUGCACUGGAGGAGAUCCACGGGCUGCAUGUUGAGCUGCUCUGUAGUUUUAGUGUGGCGUGAUGCCUGUUCCUCUCAUAAACAAUGAAGAAAACACACAUUAAUCUGUUUAAAAAUCACAGUUUCACACUUUUUCAACAUUAACAAGCCUGAUCGUAGAAAGUCAGAUUUAUUUUUGCCUUGUGAUUCUUGCUGAAGAUGCAGUGUAGCGUGUUGAAUGAAUGUCAACCCCUUUUUUUAUCUUCCUGAAAUUUUGUGGUCUUCUGUAAUUUCUUUGUACGAGUAGUUUCUUUUUAAAUAUCCCUGUCUCAUAUCUUUGCACUUUGCACAUCCAUGCAAAAGAAUGAUUGUACAAAGAAUGUGUGCUCACACAUGAAUAAAACCCUCUCUUUUAA